UUAAAAACGCUGCGUAAAAACUUUGUAGUUAAAAUUGUGGAUUAGUAUAGAGAGAAGAUGAUUUCGGCAGUGAUCAUACUGUACGAUAGACGCAGUACAUUCGUACGAAGACGGCACGAGUAACAUAUAUUAGAAUUAGAUAAUUACGAUCCCGGUGACAUCGUGCCUGCGGGUAAUGGACAUCAGCGUAAUGCUAAACUAGUGAAUACUACAUGCUGACAAUUAACUGAGAAACAGUAAAGACAUGUAUUGCGCGUAAAACGAAACUGAUUUAAUUGCACAGACAGUAAUAACAAAAGAGGGUCUUAUCGCUCUAUGAGAAGUUCGCAACUGGGAUUAAUUCAGUUCUCAUAUCCUUGUGAUUUGUAUCAAAAUUCGCUACGCACCGAACGAUUCUGCAAGAUUAAUUGGGCAAAGACACUCGCCUAAGCCAAACUGAUUGACUUUAAAAAAACGUUUAAAUAGAAGGCCACUACCACAUAGAUUAGUCGCGAUGGAAUUUUUUUCAAACAAAACAGAGAUCACUUUGGUGAUGAAGACUUCGAUCAGGACGGUAAUCUCUGUCCGAAUGCCAUCCCUCAGUCUGUAAGUGCAGAUUAUUCAGUUUAUAGCGCACUUCAUAAUCGGUAACUGAAUUUUUGUACUACAAAACAUCGUAGAAUGGAUAUAUGUAGAGUCGUAUUUAGAAAACCAGUGGUGUUAUUUUUUUAAUUGAAUUUCGAUGCUGAUAACAUCAGCAGUACCACUGCGCAUAAAAUUUGAAAAUGUACAUUUUUCAGUCAGAAUUCGAUUACUGAACUCCAUCAUCUCACUAAUCGAUAAGUUAGUUCUAUGCAUAACAACCUGAUCAUUGGUUAUGCUUAAUUUACGUUAGAUCCAAAUUGAAAUUCUAAAGGAUCAUUCUAUGCGAAACGCCAAAAAACAGCACUUCGUAUACAUAACACCGCUUGUGUGGUAUAUAUUCUUCGUGUGGUAUAUAACGUUGACGGAACUUAGAACAUUUUAGAGUAGCAAAAUGUGACGUUGCAAAACUAGUGUUUCUAAUUGAACGAAGUAAUUCUGCCCGGCUUAACUUCAGCAUCGAUAGCUUAUCAGCUAAACGCUUUGUGAGGUUUCCCGUGUACGACUGUUGUCAACGUGGCAUCGUCUCAAAAAGCUCGUCGCCGAUAUCCGUAUCCGUAGUCACCAUAUAUUUAGGCUUUUGGUCAUUGUUUGUCUUAUUAUUUCUGUAUGAAAUUAACUCCGCUGAUCAAAGAGAUCCAUUAAUCUGUAUUGCUUAAUACGUCCAACUAUUAUUAAACAUUCAGUAGUAAAUAGACCUCAAAUGAACUCUAACGAUGAAAAAAAGAUAUGAUGAAAGUAAAAUCCAAAUUAAUUGCUAGGAAUGGAUUAAUUUGAUUUAAUUUUAUAGGUUGUGAAACGUUCUUUAUAGUUAUCGGUACGUUAAUAUCUGUGGUACUGUAGCGAACACAUGGAGGUUAGAAAUUAUUGUUUGCCAACGGUUGAUAACGAUUCGGAUUGUUGUAAUAUAGUGUUUCAUGCCAAAUCAUUAAUCAAAAGCGAAACAAGCUAUGAUUACUCGUAACAUUUUUCGCUAUCAACUUAUGGAGCACAUUUUGUCAACUACAACCAGCUUAAGUUCGCUGUCUUGGUAAGUAUCCUUUUUGCUAACAAUAACUGUUAUGUAUCUAUUAUGGAAUUGUCCUCGCGCGUGAAGUACCUCGUUUAUUUAAGAAAUAUAAGGGUCAUUGGUUUAAAGCCUAGUUGAUGCAACAAUUUCGUAUUAAACCGGUUCAGUUCAUUUGUUUGGCAUUUUAUCUACAAUUAUUUUGUUCCAUCAGCGUCCCGGUGUUUCAUGUUUUGUCUAGCAGUAAGAAGCCAAGCUGUCUUAAUAUGGCUUGGAUGAUUAUAGACCAGAGCUGCGCAUCUAAUUGUGUGAUAACUGCGGUCGGCAUCGACGGCUGUUUGGCAGCCAUGACGAAAACUGACCUAGCUAUACAAGAGAUGGGCUUUUCGUCGCAUUCAGUGGGCGAAUCCAAUUCAGAAGAUGGCGAACUUGAAGAUUCGUACACAAAGGCCUUCCAUUUGUUUGCUCCCUCGGUUAAACAAGAGAAGGUCGAGCUUGACUUGGGACAAUCACCAAGUGGACAUUUUUCACACGUUUCUCAGCCUGGAACAUCGUACACUCUUGGUCACACAGUCGUAGACGCGUCACGCAUACAUCAGGACCCACAUGCUUGGCAAGUGAAACAGGAAUCAUACGACGCGGCCUUGGAGCAUGAUCAGACUAUGCCACCGCAUGCUAGCGAAUAUGCAUAUGUGAGGGCGGUUUGUUCUAGGCCGGUAAGCUGCUCACACAAUGGUCGUCAUGCAGUAUCCUCUGCUGCGGGAGUUGUCAGUGGCUCUGUUAGCGGAGCCGUUGCAACCUGCAGCGCUACUUUUACAGAACCCCAGUCUUCUGCUGCUCAGAAUAGCCAAGUAUCCAAUUCGUCAAUGGAUAACGACUGCCCCGUUUGUCUGCAGCCAUUCUCACAUCCAAUAAAGUUGCCCUGCUCACACGUUUUCUGUUAUCUCUGCGCUAAGGGGUUCGCAAGUCAACACGGAAGGUGCGCGUUCUGCCGAGCAACAAUUCCACCCGGCUAUAUGGAGUUGCCAGUCCUCGUUCCGGAACAGCACCACUAUCGUCCCAAGUCGAAUGUUGAUUCGAAAUUUGUAUGGUAUUACGAGGGUCGUAAUGGCUGGUGGCAGUUUGAGGAACGCCAUUCGGAUGAGAUUGAAGAAGCGCUUCAUAGAGGUGAAGCCGAACAUGAGUUACAGAUCGCUGGCUUUAUUUAUGUGGUAGACAUGCAGAACAUGGUACAGUUCCGCAAAGAUCACCUGAGUAGAACACGGCGCAUCAAGAGGGACCUUUUAACCGCACCCCGUAAAGGAAUUGCGGGACUUCGAGAAGAUCUGAUCAAUGGGACCAUGCUUUGAAAGUAAAACAUUAAGAACCAAAUUCUGCUUUCUAGAGCGAUUAUAGGGAAUGAACCUUCAAAUGAGUUACCAAAACGUAAAAAGUAGACUAUAUUAACAAAUAUUAAACUGUAGAUAGACUUACAUGCCGUUAUCAAUAAUUCCUUGCCUCAAUCGCCCACCGCUCAACCAUGUGUGAAACAGCUAUUUUUUCAUCUUUGCAACUCUGAAUGGCUAUAAGAACAUGGUACUUCAAUUGAUUGGGUCUAGACAGAUUUUCGAGACUAGAGUUCUUGAUGAAUUUUACAUCAGGCUCUGUCUUCUUAUAUUUUUACAUUUCUUAUCUUAGUUCGACGUGCAUAGUGAUAGUAAUAGUUAUUAUAAUAAAAUCAUUGAUGGUUUCACAGCGCUACUGGGAGUUAUAAAUAAGGAUUUGAACGUGAAAUAUUUACACUAAGAAAACAAAUUCUCCCAGAAAUGCACGUCCAUUCGCCGAUGUUAACAAAAAAAUUUAAAAAAAAAAGUACAAAAGCACAUAAAUAAAGGAGUUAACUGGAUGAUGAAAAUCAUUUAGAGAACAUAUCAGUGAAGUCAUAACUUCAAUUUAAAGACGUGCUUCCGGAAUAUGUACGUGGACCUGGAGUUGAUGUAUGAUUGCGUGCAUAGGAAUAACUGACGUAUAUCAUACGUUCUUUAAGAGCAAGUCAAUGGUUUCAGCAACUACAAAAGAAAAUCUCUGCAACAGUCGAAAACUAUAUGUUAAGCUUCUUGAUCAUCAGCAUAGCUUGCUUUGAUCAAAUUAUGUUAUAAAAGAAGCUCUGUCAAUAUCAAGCGCAUAUAGAAGAGGGAAUACGCUAUUCUAAUUAUAUUUAAUGAGUACAUAUAUAUAUAUAUAUAUAUAUAUAUAUAUAUAUAUAAGCG